GUGUUUCUCUGUAGAGAGAGGGAAAGAGAUAGAGCAUCAUCGGUGGCCUGAUGACACUGGGCAUCGACAAUAGCAACUAGGCUUGAGUUAAAAUCAUAAAGCCGUUUUAAAGUAUAUCCUGAGAGCUUCAGGACAGCCGCCGGGAGACUGGCUGCAUCAUGACUGCAAUGGAGGGGCAGGCAGAGACUGGCUGGAUGACUGAAUAACACUGGUCGCCUUCUGAGGAAUAACGUUGCUACUGACCGUUAAAGCAAACCAGAUGCUGUGGGUUUCCUUGACCUCAUACCACCACCCUUGAAUUGAAGAGCAAAUAAAGAAACAAGUUGAACAAGCGUCAGUGCACCAGUCAAAUUAAGCGUGACGUAACACACAGACGUACACAGGGACUGUUUUUUGAGGAGCUGACUCAGCGGUUUAUUCAGCACAGUUGUGAGAGUGGUUGACCCCCUCAAAGCUUCUCCAUUAGAGUACUGCAAAAAUACAUCAUGCCGCCCCCAGUCGACAUCGUGAAGGUGGCUAUUGAAUGGCCUGGUGCGAAUGCUCAGCUAAUAGAGAUGGACCAGAAAAGAGCUUUGUCCUCAAUAAUACGGGAAGUUUGUGAUGGCUGGUCUUUAUCCGGCUCAGAGCAGUUUGCUCUGCGUUAUGCUGAUGGCCCUCAGCUUUAUAUCACGGAGCAGAGCCGUAGUGAAAUCAAGAACGGGACGAUCCUUCGAUUAGCUAUCUCACCUGCUCGUGCCGCCCGCCAGCUCCUGGAGAGGAUCCAGUCUCACGGUAUUGAUGCUCGGCUGGAGGCUCUGAAAGAACUCGCCAAGCUGUCCGCAGACCCAACCUUUGCAGCAGAGUUCAUCAACAUGGAGGGCAUAGGGACUCUGGCACGUCUUGUUGAGAGUGGCACCCACUUUGGUGAGAUGCUGGCCUUCACUCUCACUGCCUUCCUGGAGCUCAUGGACCACGGCAUUGUGUCCUGGGACCUUAUCUCCCUCUCCUUCAUCAAGCAGAUUGCAGGCUACGUGAACCAGCCAAUGGUGGACGUGUCCAUCCUGCAGCGCUCUCUGGCCAUCUUGGAGAGCAUGGUCCUCAACAGCCACAGCCUCUACCAUCGGGUGGCACAGGAGAUCACCGUGGGACAGCUCAUCGGGCACCUGCAAGUGUGAGCACACACACACGCACAGGGGCGUCCCGCACUCUGAUAUGGGGGGUUGUUGUGUGAUGUAUUAGUUGGGGUUAACUUAGGUAGUAAAGUCUUAGAAUGUUGCUGUGAUAUUUGGCUCGUGCCACUUUUUAAAGGGUGAGUUCAGGAUGCUUAGAUGACCCCUAUCAAACACCAUGGUUGCAGUUAUUCUAUAUUUUUCUUAUCGUCAACAAAUAUUAUGAAUAAAACACUCCCGUUGGUUCCUAUUGAAGAUGUAAACAUUAAAAAAACAAGCCCUUUUGUAUGUAUGUUGCUUUACUUAUUCAGAAGAAAGUAGUGCACUUGUUAGGCGCUAUUUUUGCAGCGGAUUAAUAGACAUUUCGUGCUCUAGUUAUUAUGUACAGCCACAGGAGGAUGUAUGUAGGAAUGCUAAAAAUAACAUAAAAUACCCAUCUUUAUCACAUGUAAUUAUAACACUGCAACAGUGUGGCCCUGUGUCUCUAUUUAGACCAGGGGUCGGCAACCUUUUUGACAUGA